UGUCAAUUCGGAGCGUGCAUACGUACAUGUACUACGUUCAUAGUCUUCCAAUUCAUAGUUCUUUCUAAUUUUAUGUACAAUAGCAAUUUUCCACGUUAGAGAAUUCGGUGUUUUGUAGUUGCAUGUUAACAUUAUCAAUGUGUACCUGCGCGUUUUCCGCCCCGAAAUCAAUCAAGCGUCAUUUGGCAAAUGAUCUACCUGUAGGUUCAUUGGGAUAUUUACAUGUGUCGAAUAUACCUGCUGCUGUCAGUGACGUAAAAGCGAUUGUGUACCAGGGAAAACCCACACGACUGAGACUGAGAGCGAGAAGAUAACACCAAAUCAAAGAUGUCCAACCUGCAAACUUUGCCAAGAACAUCAGCGUAUGAUAGACGCAAACAAUUUGAUGUCUGUAUUAUGACGUGUAAUGACGCAAUAUGCUACAAAAACCACGUCAUGACGCUGCUAUCGUCCUGUAAGGACGCCAACCUAAAGUAUUUCCAAUUAAUCUUGCCAAACAAUUGUGGUGUUGAAGAACAGAUUAACUCAGCCAUUGUAACGGCAAUGAUUGUCUGCAAACACAACGAAAAAGAGUUAAAGAUUUACUAUAGACAAAUACAGACGAGGACCACUGUUAUCACGGGAAGCAUUGGCAGAGUCAAACCGCAGAAUUUCAAAAAUAUUAUAUCAAAUGUUGAAAACGAGGCCAGAAUGUGCAGACUUUUUGAUGAGAUCAGAAGAACUGUGUCAGAUUACAGUGUGUACGAUGACGUCAGACAAGAAAAUCCGUACGCUCAGGGUAUUGUGGACGGCACGGAUCCUGUGAUGGCGCAGACGAUCACCGGAGGAGCUGCUGAAGAAACCUUCAAAAAGCAGGCUUCUACCCCCACCCCAAUGUCGCUAGACGUUUUUAAAAAUCGGCGUUUUGAUCUAGCAGACGACAAGCAUAAUAGAAACAGCAGUGCUACUGACAACUUACACGUCAUCACAGAACUUACCAAAGAAGAUGAAUACGGCUACACGGCUCUCCAUCAUAUCAAUAGAGUUCAAGUGAAGCAUGUUAGUAGUAGAGACAAAUUCAUCGAAACAAAAUCUCUCAUGUGUUCAGACAGUCAUUCAGGGUCGUUUGUUUAUGAUGAAUAUAUCUUACCAACAGGAAAGUACGAUGAAAACUUGGAAAUGAAUGACAUUGUCUUGAUGUACAACAGAGGUAAUUGUAAUGAUUCGUCUGAUUUCGAGAAAUAUAUUGUCACUUCUGUAAUGAGAAAAUGUUUGACCUGCCGAAAUUUCCGGGGUUUGGUCAGUCUUCUGAAGUGUCAGAAGAGAAGUAUACAGCUCAACGCCUUCCAAAACAUAGGAAAUCUGCUGUACACCACAGAAGCUCGACGAUGCAACACUUGGGAUUUUGUGCAUGGGAUUUUAGAACUUUCUGAAAUUAUUGAACUGUGGUGCGGUGAUCAGGACCUGCUUGUUCUGCUACUGCACGCAGUGUUGACGGCAUUUUCAGUCCUAUUUAUGGCAUUUAACUCAAGCAUGGACGCUUCCAUGAAAUCUCCCGUGGAAGACAUUUGUAAAAAAGUAAAGAUGAAAAUCACCAAAGUUGAAAAACUGCACACCACCAACGAAAUACUGAAAAGCGUGUUUGAUCAUCUGAAAAGGUCGGCAUCAUGUUUUUCCGUUCAUUUGGACGAAGUGUCUGUUCUUCGGAUGGGAAAUUGGUCGGAUGCAAUGAAGACCGAAAACAAUAGAUUAAAGAUAAAAGACGAGUUUCCGACACUAUCCGAGUUUGAACAAACAACAGUUAUAUAUGGUCUUUUGAACCAGGUGAUACUACAGCCUGAUGGAAACCACACGGGUCUUCUCGACGUGUUGCAUGCCUGCUUAAAGACAACACUGAAUUCUAAGAAGAAGGACAAAAAAGACGACGUGUCCGUAUUCUACAAGCUGCUGUUGACAACAAAAAUGAUACGCAAAAUUUUGGAGAUCUCAUCUUCACAGGUGCAGUCUUGCUUGGAUAUACUACAUUUGUACAUGGAUAAUGUCAAAGUUCAUCAAGCCAUUCGACGAUGUCUUUUGAAGGAAAUUUCAAGUUUGCUAUUCCACAGAGAUGGACAGAUUGUUCAGGAAAUGUUCUGUAUACUUUCCAAAAACAACUGCCACACACACUUUGAUCUCAGGCAGAUUACAGUCUCUCACGUAGAGAAACUACUUCAUCCACUACGUAUUUCCAUUGACAGUGAUACCUGUGACAUCUGCGGUAACGUCCCAAUUCCUCCACAUUGGUGCCGGUUUUCGGGUACGGUUAAUGAUAACAAAGAUGUCAAUGUUCAAAUCCUUCUUCCAUCAAAGAACUGCAUCAUGAAAGGAAUCAUGGAAGAUUACAGGGCAAGCUCGAAUGGGAAAGAUAUUCUGAAAAACCAUGAGACACAAAGAGACAUGCUGCAUUUGUUAUGUAGAGAAGGCAUGUCAUCUAAUGUUCUGCCACUGGUUGGUUUUCAGUGUCGACCGUUGCCUUUGUUUUACAUUACACAGAAAUGUACAGACAGUAUGCUGCUUUCGGAGUAUCUACGGAAGAAACGAGACGAGAAAGACUGGAUAUCACUGCCCCGGCUUUGCACGAUGGCUGCAGACAUUAUAAAUGCUGUGAUUUUCCUCCAUUCUAAAGGAAUUGUACACCGAGGUCUAACGACGGCUAGUUUUUCAAUCAGCAAAGACGAACAGAUUCUCCUCUCUAGUUUGAUAACCGCGUCUGAGGGCCAUUUUUCCGAAUUUAUAGCAGAAUGUAAACAUAUUCCGCUGAGAUGGUCUGCCCCUGAGUCGAUUCUAUAUGAUCGGUACAGUCCAUGCAGUGAUCAGUAUAUGGUGGGCCAACUUCUAUAUGAGCUGUUCACUCACGGAUGUCACCCCUACACCGAGUUGUAUGGGUAUAAGCUGGACGAUGUAUUGCAACUGAUUGUGUUCCAGAAUUUGAAACCACGACAAUGGCCAUGUAUUCCUCGAGAAAUUCACCAAAUCAUACUGAGAUUUGUAGACUCCAGUCCCCAGUGUAGAGCCUCUUUGCAUGACGGCCUUCAAGAGUUGAACGACGUCUUGGCUAGAAUAUCAUCAACUCAGGGUUACAGAAAAAGACUGAUAAAUGCUCAUAGAGAGGAUAUCAAGUAUCCAGAUCUGGACUCAUCUCUACCAAAGGAACCGCAGAAGGAACUUCCAGACCUUAUUAAACAGCUUAAAAGUGAAAAGGAGAACCCAGUGAAGAGUUACGCCAACCUCCGUAAGACAUGGAGAAAACCCCGAACAAUUUUAGCCGUUUCAGAAGCAGACAUCACAUCUAGUGAUACUCCAAGCAUUCAACAACAGGGCCAGAAAUUAAAAGUCCAGGAACCUAUUUCGCAGAAGUUUCUCGAAGUCUCCUUCACGGAACUUAGCAAAUCUUCUCUCCAGGAUGUCCUGAACGUUACAAAAUGGCCUCCGGAUUUGGAAAGGAAAGACCCAUACACGCUGCAUUUCAGUUGCAACACUGGAGAGACGCUCUCUCAGCUGUCUUUGAGUAGAUGCUAUGGUGACCCAGAUAAUCAGGAAAACAACGCCAAAUAUACCUUGAUUAUUCACCAUCUUGUCCAGUUUAUAUAUAGUUUACAUGAUCGUGGCUGGCUGUCACGUGAUAUUUGUUGCCGCCAUCUUUACUAUGAUUUGCAGAAACAUAAGGUAUUUUCACCACGACUGGGACGUAUGGUGUAUCUGUAUCCUGACCAAAUUUUGGAUGACAGCGUUAUUGACGAAGUCUUCCCAGAUCGUAGGAACUGGUAUCCACUUGAAACCUUGCAACACGGACAAUAUUCUAGAGAGGGGGAUGUUUAUAUGCUCGCAAUGGCAAUCUAUGAAUUCUACAUGGGGCUUGAGAUCAAUAUGGAGAAUCCAAUGUCUUCUUCAAUGAACUGUGUACCAUUUUGUAAAAUCCCAAAGAGAGAGUUGAUAGAACACAUUUUGUCUGGAGAGGUACCUCAGCAGCCUGUGUACUGUCCUAAAGACCUUUAUGAAGUGAUGAUGAAGUGCUGGAACAGAGACAGAACCCAAAGACCUACAUGUACCGAAAUCCUGCAGACGACCACCAAAUUAAUAUUCCAAAGUGAAGACAUGAUGGACGAUGAUUUCUGUGAAGAGCAAUAUGAAGAACUUCCGGAACCUCCACUUCCGCCUAGAAAUCCCGAAUGCCUACCCAGUGGUCCUUCAGAUCCAGAACCAUGCGUUCCAAACAAUGGUGUCCAGUCCUAUAGCUUACCACGCGAAUACCCAAUAUUCGGACAGUUUACAAGACCCCUCAUCCCAUCCAGAUUUGAUACCCAAACCAAAAUGAAUCCUUUAUACCGCUCUGGAUUUGACAGGACAGAUUCCAAACGAAGUAAUAUCAGGAAAAGCAGCCAUUGGACAAUGGGAAGGAUGUGCAGCGAGGAAGUCUCGUUCGAAGAGAUUUCCUCAAUAAAUUCGGAUAGCACUUUAUCUAUCGCUAACUCGAGUUCGGACAGUGACUUUUCUUUCGCAAACUCGAGAUCCAGUGGGUGUGAAAUUCCCUCAAUGGGUUCUAGAUCUUCUUUAACAACUGCAAAUACAUCCGUAGAAUAUUACAACUCAGCACAAGAAGACGAUACAUCACGGACACUGGAAAACAUCCCGAUUUAUACACGAGAGAUUGUCAGACACGAUUACAUGGAAGUUCUCCCAGAGAUGACUAAUGUAGACAAUGAGGACAUUGCCAGCAAUAUCACACGAUUUACAGACUCUGCUCAGGGCAUUUACAACGAUUUUGAUAAAGAGGAACAAGAUUUUGAUUAUCUUCAUCCCACUUAUAAAUGACACUGAUCCAUUGCUGAGAAGAAGUAAUGACCUCACAGAACAAGAAACAGAUCACACGUCAUCAGUCCCAGCAAACACGUCAUUUUUAUAUUGCAUUUAAAUACAACCUAUCGUUGGGUCAAAUGUUGUCUGACUUGUUUCAUAGCGAUUGUUAGACCGUUCGUGACAAACUGAUUUUGACUACCGGGGGUAUGUAUAACUCCGUUUAUCUGAUCAAGAUAUAGGGCCCACGGCUCGUGUGACUGGUUGACAGGAAAUGCUUACUCCUCCUAGGCACCUGAUCCCACCUCUGGUAAAGGAAGAAUGUUUCAAAUUGAUGUAUAUACUGAGUAUAGAAUCAAAUGUAGGAUAUCAUAAAAUGGAUUGAAAAUCCUCUCGCUGAUGAGAACAAAAAAGUUACACUUGAAGGAUUUAUGUUUAAAAGAUAGUCAUUUACCGGUAUUACUACUACAACACUACGUAUUUAAAUAUCUAGAUUUUCGAAAUACGUCGGGCGAUGCAAGGAAUGCCGUUUUACACUUUCAUUUGUAGCAAUCUAUGUGGUGUUUUAAUUGCCAUAGCUAUAGCCUUUUAUGUAUAUUUGUCAGAUAGCACUAAGAUUGACAUGCUUUGUAAUGUUCAAUCCCACCUCUGGUAUAUCCAGGGGUCCAUGUUUACCCAAUUCUCUAUUCUGAAUUGCUGAUAGGAGUUAUGAUAUUGAUCACUGUUCGUUAUCUUCACUUUCAUUCACAUUUUCCUUUCAUAUUAUAACGCUUAAGAUUUACAUACUUCGCAAUAUUAUUACUCAUAUGAUAUCAAUGAUAUAGCUUUUUCUAAAUUCAUGUAUUAUUGCAUAUCAUCAUUCCGUAAUAAAUGACAUUUGUAUAGGAA